AAAAAAAGAGAGAGAGAAAAAUUGUGACGAAAAACAUAAUCAUGCAGCCGGAUCAAAGCUCUGAGCUGUACAGAUUCCUGGCCCAGAACGGAGCCUUCAACCUGGGCUCAGCCUCCUGCGGCGGCUUUCCGGCCGCCCAAAGCUUCUCCAGCUCCUCCUCUUACUACCCUUUGGAGUCACCGGCGGCAGCCAUGGAGCCACCGCCGCCGUCACCCCACGACAGAGCCCUCGCCGCCCUCAAGAAUCAUAAGGAAGCUGAGAAGCGGCGGCGAGAGAGAAUCAACUCUCAUCUUGAUAAGCUUCGGGCUCUUCUUCCUUGUAAUUCUAAGACGGACAAAGCUUCACUUCUUGCAAAAGUGGUCGAACGAGUGAAAGAGCUGAAGCAGCAGACGGCAGAGAUGGCGGAGGUGGAGACGCUGCCGUCGGAGACAGACGAGAUCAGCGUGCUCUCCGGCGAGGAAUCGGACGACGGACGGCUGGUGUUCAAAGCGUCGCUGUGCUGCGAGGACCGCUCCGACCUCAUCCCGGACCUCAACGACAUCCUCAAUUCCCUCCAUCUGAAGACUCUGAGGGCCGACAUCGUCACCGUCGGCGGUAGAAUCCGCAACGUCCUCCUCAUCGCCGCCGCCCAAGAUCACAGCAUCGAGUCCCUCCAUUUCCUCCACAACGCCUUGAAGUCUCUCCUCGAACGCUCCAAUUCUUCUUCCGACAGAUCCAAGAGGAGGCGCCUUCUCCACACACCGCCACAAAAUUAACCUCUCCUUAAUUCAUUUCCACCCAUCACCCUCCUCUUUUCUUUUUCUUUUUCUUUUUUGUUGAUAUGUUUAGGGUUUGGCUUUUCAAGGUCUAGUUACGAUUUUGCUUUUUUUUUUUCUCUCCGUGGAAAAGGAAAGAAACUCUCAAGAGAUCAUCCGUGCGAUUAUAUCAGACACGUACGAGAACUUAUAUUAAUGCUCUCUUUUAAUAUCAUAUUUGUGUCUUUUUA